AUGUUUCGAAUGGAAUUUGUAACGGCUGUGUUUCUAAUGACAGGAUUCAUUCUGAACACUACAGCUGUUAAUACAACAGAACAGAUCUCUGAUACGAAGUUUUACAGAAAAUAUUUUCACGACAGAUUUUAUAAUAACCAUUAUAUAAAUUAUUAUAGAAAUUCAGCUGAUAAUGAUAAAACAGAUACAGUUACCCACAGUUACCAAGAUAAAGUUUACUAUAUUAAUAAAUAUAGUCAAUAUAAUAAAAGAUCGACAACUCCCUUCACGUUUUUCUUUCCAAUCAUCAGAAAAUUUAUUGAAGAAAUAAAAGCAAAGAAUAAAAUUGUUUCCAAUUGGGGUAAUUCGUUCCUGCUAACAGCUUUGUGUAAUUAUUACCUCAAUGUGGGUAUACAAUCCAGUUUGUGUACCUAG